AUGACGAAGAAUUCUAAUUCAGUCCUAUCAGAAGCUGGCAGUCUCUUAGAGGAUGGGGUCUCAGAGGUGGCAUCAGAAGUAACGCUGCUGUUAGUGCCUCCACUGCACAGGCUAACCCCAUGCCCCAUGUUGCUGAGCAGUAUCUGGAAAAGGAGCAGACAGUCCACUGAGAAGAUUAUAAUCCACUCCAUUAAGGAAAAGGUAGAGAAGUCAACCGGUUUCUCUAUUGGGUCACUGGAUCAAUUUAACCAAAAUAGGCUGCCUAUCAGAGUCCCACAGAAAGCCACUCCAAAAACUAUACAAGCUAUCUUAGACCCACUGAAAAUUUCUGCUUACUGUUUCAAUGCCCAUUUUCUCCUUUCUUCUUCAGAAAACACAAGGUUCCUGGAUGUCUAUCUGUUCCUCUUUGAUGAUUUCCUUUUAAUUACAAAAAUUAGGCACAACAAAAAGAUACAAAAACUCAGAGGCUUGGACACCUGUUUAAUGUGUCCUUCACUUACUCCUGACCUGCAAGCUAUAGUAAAAUCCACAAUGCUUGAUCAGCCCAUCCCACUGGACAAACAGAUAGUCAAAAGCAUUGAUCCCUUCCAAGUUAGGUGA